AUGGAAGAGAUCGGACUGCCCGUCGUCGUCAUCGUCCUGGACGAGGAGCCGCUGGUGCCCGUGUCCAUCGAGACGAAGACGGACCUGUACGCCAAGUUCAAGUCCCUCGAGCGCCAUCUGGAGUUCCUGGACAUCCAAGAGGGCUACAUCAAGGACGAGAUGAAGAACCUCAAGCGGGAGCUCAUUCGGGCCAAGGAAGAGGUGAAGCGGAUCCAGUCGGUCCCGCUAGUCAUUGGCCAGUUCCUGGAGAUGGUGGACGCCAACUACGGCAUCGUCGGCUCCACGGCCGGCUCCAACUAUUACGUGCGCAUCCUAAGCACCUUGGACCGCGAGCGGCUGAAGCCCAACUCUUCGGUGGCGCUGCAUCGGCACUCGCACGCUGUCGUGGACGUGCUCCCCCGGAGUCAGACUCAAGUAUUCAGAUGA